CAACAUUUCUAUCAAACCCGGCACACAAACUUUAAUUUACAAUUGCCUUUGAUAGAAGCCACGCUGCGGUCGCUGAGCGAAAAUGUACGUGGAGGAUUUUGAGGCUUUCUAUGAGCAAGCAGUAGCAUUGUAUCAGGCAAAGCCCCUAGAAACUCGUUACACAAUCAAGUUCAGGCACAGCGAGGGCAAGGUAGUGCUGAAGGUCACGGACGACCGCACGUGCCUAAAAUUCAAGACGGACCAACAGGUAGACCUCAGAAAGAUUGAGCGGAUAACAACAAUCUUCUUCCCGCUCAUGGCGUGCGGAGAGCUGCCUGCGGAGGGGCAAGACGCGGCGGCGGCGCAACAAGCACCGGCGGCAGCUGCAACGCAAUCAGGAGGAGCCGGCGGGAAGAAGGCGCGGCGGCGGGGGUAACCCAGACAGACUCUUUUAGAUGGCCGAGAAGGCUGGCGGAGGUAGUGUGGUGGCGCAAGAGCUUGCUGCUUAGAGAAUUGGGGAGGUGUUGGCGCUGUGAGGGGUUGUCGGCGAGGUGGUGUUUGGGUUCUCGAGAUUGCAUGCGGAAAGGAGGUAACAGGCUGCAAUGUGCAGCCUGCGUUGCGCUAUGGCUGCAGGGCUUGAAUGCGCGAGUGAUGUAUGAACGCAGUUCACCCGCAGACGCACGCAAGAAGUGGCAUUGCGGUUUUGGGGGCGCCUGAGCUGCGCACCUGGACCCCACCGUGUUAGACAGUGGUGGGACAAGGAUGUGAGUCAUGGGUGCGGAGCGGGGCCCCGGUCUUACAGAACAGGAUUGCUGGUGCGGCUUGGUUGGCGCUGCAUGGCGACGCGGCGGCCUUGCUCCUGUCGCAGCCAGGAUGCACUCGUAUCGUGGCUGAUACUCGGGUCAGGAAUUGCCCAGCCAUGGGGUGACCUGUGCAUGGAGAAUGCGGCGGUGAGCAUGGCAGAUGCAUACAGGCAUGCUACUUGCGGUGAACAGGAAAGACGAAGGAAUUUACCGGCCUGGAUAGCCUGUGUUGCACCCACGCGUUGUGUGGCACAGCUGUGCAGAUGCGGAAACCGAUGGAUUGAGAGCUGAGUGCGGCGCACGAGGGGAUUAUUACAGUGACUUGACUGCAGGAUUGAGGCACAGCAGGGAUACUGCUUGGCCGGUCGUAGUUUGACCGUUCUGAGACAUUGCGUUUACAUGCCUUCGAGGCCUGAGCCACAAUGCCACGCCGCUCUCGUCCGGUCGGGUGGAACGAGUGAGCGGGUAUGGGCCAGCGAAGUAUGGUGUUGCAACCUCUUGCUACUCCUUGACGUCUUGUGAGGACAACAUAUCGCAUGCCUAGUACUAUUGCAGUAGUGCCUCCAUACGGCGCAAUCACGGCGUUCAGCGGCCGGUCGCCCACAUACGGUACACCAUGAUGUCAUGAGCCACACCACUGCUGCGUAUUGGAUGAGUGACAUGCGCGGACAUGACGGUCCCGGUGCAAUCCACAGCCAUGUGCAAAAUCACACACCUAUAAGGCCCGGCCGACCCGAACGCCUUUCACCUGACGACACGGCACGGCUGCAAUGCCCCCCACGCACUUCCCAGCAAGCGCGGUGCUACUGCGGCUCCAUGCCACCCCCAGCUGAACACACUCCACAGCUUGCAAUCGGUCAAUCACCCCAGCUUCUUGCCCAGCUUGGCGGCCGCCUCACUUGCCAUGCUGAUCAUGCGGCUCAUGGCCUCCUCCUGGCUGGCCGCCUCAGCCUGCGGCAGUAGCAGGAGGCAAGUGUGAUGGGACAGUGGUAAGGCAGGUUGGUGCAGUCCCGUAGGGUGCAACUGAUUCCCAGAGCCCAACAGAU